UCCAUCAUAAAAUGUGCAAACUUCCGCAUGCAUUCUGCAGACAAUGGUAUUGUAAUUAUAAUCUACUAAACCUAGAAUUAGACCCUGCCAACCUUUCCAGUUUUUAAGCAGUUGCUUCCAGAUUACAAAUAACACCCAGAAAUAACUUCUGAGCAGCAUAACGGAAUGAUGAAGGCGACCCUCGUCUUAUGUGUGGUCUCCGUUCUCUGGUUGGGUGUGGUUGCUCGUCCCAAGGCGAAGGCGGGCGACACAACUGACGACAUGUACGACGAUGACGGUGACGAAAUGAAAUCGAACUACGCCGGUCCGAGUAAAUCUAUCGCCCCUGGUGCAUCAUUCGCUGGGGGAAUGUCCCCUCAAGUUGGAUUUUCUCCUGCAGACGCAUAUCCAGCAGACAUGGCGUCUGCUGCAUCCUCUUCCAAAUCUGUGUCGGCGGCAGCAUCCACCACCACGAAUGAACCAGCUCCUGCAGCCUCACUCGCGUCCGAAGUGGCCCAAGCUUUCUCCGCUGGGGACGAUGACGACAACAUGGUCAAAGAGAAACGUGCCGCACUUUCUUUUGCCUCGGGUGACUCUGCUAUAGCUCCGGCUGCAUCGCUUUCUGUAAUGCAUGACUCGAAACUCCAACAAGUUGCAGCAGACAGUGCACUAGAUAACACAGCUUCUGCUUCAUCCUCCAGCUCCUUCAGUGCUGAUGCUGCCUCGGCUACCUCCUCAUUUACGGAUGAAGCUACAUCUGACCUAGACCUCAAAGUUUCGGAAUCAUCGAAACGUUCCGCCAUUCUUGAUGACAACGUGAUCCCUGCUGAGCUCAUGGAUAACAAACUUGAACCUAAACGUGACCUGGCUCCUACGGCAGUUGCCACCUCGGACACAUCGGGAUUAGGAUCAUCUCCCUCCGUGAUAUCUGCACCGGCGGCGUCUUCAGCUUCCGCGCCUGCAACUGCAGACAAUAUAAUAAACGAGAAACGUGACGCUCGCGACUCUCAUGACGCCGCGGUGAUCCCUCAAGGUACAGUGGAUUCGAGCAUCAAGAAACGCAUCAUUUUUGGAACCUCCCUCACCGCGAAUAGAAUGCGACGAAAGUUUCCUCUCGUAUUUUGUGAGCUGGAACGAGAUAACGGGAUCGUGUGCCCAGGCGUGAGACGAGGAAAUUUCAUGGAUCAGUUUCACUACGACCCGGUCGCGAAUCGCUGUCAACAUUUCGCUUAUAAUGGGUGCGGUGGAAAUGCGAAUCGUUUCUCGAGUUUGUGGGAAUGCAACAUGUCCUGCACCAAGAAGAACACGGGUGUUAUCAACUUUUAGGCAUCAACAUGUUUGUUAUUUUACUAAAAUCGUGGUAUGUUUUAUUUUAAUAACAACAACAUACAUAGUCUUAUA